CUUUCUCGUUUGCUCGUUGAUGCAGAUGGGCUGUCUGGGCAGGCUCGGCGUUGUGCAGAUCCCUCGUUCGGCGCAAGGACGGGUGGCCGAGCGCCCGAAAUUUUUCCGCCGAUCCGUUCUACGGUAGUCGUGGUUUGCAAGAGCCGCGGGGUUGGUUGCAGCCCUUUCCUGUGCCCGUUGCAGCGCGUUAACUUGCAAGUCGGCGGAGCUCACCCGCCCACAUUUCUCCCUCGCGUCCUUCCCUCCUGCAGACUUGCAGAAUGAAGCAGCCGGAUUAAAGGCUGGUGCCUACGGAUGAACUGCCCUGUUAAUCCCGAACGGCGUGAGGAAGGGUGUAUUCUAUCGGAACUCCGCCGGAGAGAUCCCCUCCUCCCACCGUAUCUGUUGCAUCAUGCCCAUCCUUGCCCUGGAGGCCGGCAGGGUCUCUGUCCUUACUACAUCCUCACUUCCUUUCAGCAAAUGCGCGGCUUCCUUGGAGAAACUGGAAAGUUUGAAUGAGGCUCGGCUUUGUCCCCUAAUCGUAGGAAGCCGGGAGUUUCCUUGGCUUCUCAAGAAUAUUAUCCUGCUGUUGCUGCUGCUAUUCUUCCAGUCUUCUCUCAGCUGGUGACCUCCCACUUAAUUGCUCUGCCACCCUCAUCAUUCCCAACCAGAAAGGGAAUAGUAAGAGUUGGACUAUAGUUGGCAGCAUAUUUGAAGGGUUGCUUCCCAUGCCAAUUUAUAUUUGUGGCUGUAUCAGGUUUUUUUUAUGCUUUUCUUUGGGAGAUGUGGACAGGAAACAACAUCAAAAAGGUUUUGAUGGUAAAGGAGGAGGAGAUCCAGGAAACAUGGAUGCUGAAGUGGGUAUGGGGUAUAAAAACCCUGCCAGUUUCUGCUGCUUCAUCCUGCAGGGUUUGAAAGUCUGAUUGGAGCUAUAUCCAAAGUUCAGUGGACUUAACCGCCAAAGGAACAUGCCUGAGCUGUCCUGUGAUUUUUCAGAGUUAGGUGUUUAGUUAUCCAGUCACAAUCUAAAAUGUGUUAUAUUCCCUUUGAUAGCAUGAUUCUUGCUUCCCCAUGUUUAACAUUUGAGGGGCGGAGUUUAGUUUAAAUAUGCAUUCAUUAAUCCUAAAACCUUUAGUGAUGGAGAAAAGAUAACUGAAUUUAAGCUCAUUAAAAAAAUUGGAUAUUUCUUUACCAAACUUUUUUUUGUUAAAAUACACCUGUAGACAUCAUACUACAGAAUUCAGGAUAUUUGAAACUGCCUGGAUGACACCUUUAAGAGGCAGCACACUUUAAAAUAUAGGACUCCUGUGUUUUCUAUAGUGAAGCUUUGCCAAAACAGACCAGGUAAAAAGUUUGCAAUGUGUCCUUUUUACAGAAGUAAUAUAUCCUUUAAUCUUCUCCCCUUUGAUGUAGUCUCUAUUUUGGAAGAAAACAUAAUACAUUCUCUCUCCCCCCCCCUUCUCACAUUAACAUGGAAACUACAGCCUUUCCUGGUCUGAUAAAACAGCUUGCUUAUUCAUGUUAUGUCUUCAUAUUAGAAACAGUAAGAUAUAUAGGCAGUACAUAGUGUAAGCGUAGUCAGUGAGCAGAUUAGUUUGGCAAGUUUGCUCAUACACAUUUAGAUUUAGUACUCACUUAGCUUUCUUUCCAUUUAACUUUCUCUUUAGAGAACAGACUUAGAUAUUGUCCCUGAUUACAUUAUCAGAAUCAAAAGGAUGUGAAUUGGGAACUUAUUAAAUCACAGUCCAGUACAUCUGGAGGAUGCAAGACUGGAGAAUGGCUAUAAGAUUGGCUUGGCUAGUUGAACUUUAGUGUCCAAUGUAUAGAUUAUUCUGAUCUUAAUAGUGCAUCAUGGCUUCAAUAGAUGGCAGGCUCUAGUUCAGGGGCCCCCAACCCGCAGUUUGUGGACCGGCACCGGUCCCUAGCAUGCCAGAAACCAGGUUGUGCAAACAAGCGAAGUCCCAUCCAUGGGAUGCAGGCAGCAAGUGAAACCUCACUCUCUGGUCCACGGGAAAACCUCUGUUAAUGGAACUGGUCCCUGGUGCCCAAAAGGUUUGGGACCACUGCUGUAUUUGAUCUUCACAGAUCAAUUCCUGGUUUGUACUUGGAUGGAAGCAUGGGGUGUAUAUUGUAACUUUUAUAAAACUUUUCAAUAAAAAAAAAAUCCAUGUAAGGCACCCUUAGUUGAACUUGUUUCAAAGGCUCCAUGCUUUUUAGUCCAUCUUGGAGACUGAGUGUUCUGAAGACCCUUAUAUGAAAUUAGCACAUUUUUUUUGUUUUAUUUGUUGGGUUCCUAACUAAUACAUGUGCUUAGUCAAAGGGUCAGUUUGGGCAUUUUGCUCCUCUGCACUUUCUCUUCCUCUUUUAUUGGUGUUGCCGGGUGUCUGUUCAGAUGUGUAGCCUUCCCUUGAACAACUGCUCUUUGCUUAUUGUGAUAUCUACUGGUUUAAGAUCUAGCACAAAAUGUUGGCAGCCAACUACAUGGCAGCUGUUCAGCCAUGAGGUAGUGGUGAAUUUUGGAGAAGAUGGCAGGUUAGUACUAUUAGUUAAUACUCUUUGAACAAGGUUUAUUCAAGGCUAUCUGACAUCUCUGGAGUGAUGAAAUAUACAUAAAGUUCUUGAUUUCUCUCAGUGAACAAUCAGAUAAUAACUUGAUUUUUCUAGCUUAAUGCUUUUCCUUUCCAGUUUAUUUUGGUUUGGUAAGCAAAGCACACAGCAAGUUUCUAAUAGCAUUGUUCAAAAGGAGAAAAUAAUGGUAUCUGCCACGUUACGAGGACAUUCACCCCUAAAAGAAAACAAACAAAAAAUCCCUUUCUAGCAACCCAGCAAGCUAAAUUAGACUCAAGUAAUGAUCGAUUUGUCAUUGAUCAGACUAUCAGCAAUUUGAAAUCAGAUGUCUCUACUUCGUCUCCAUUGGCCCGUAUUCUUCAGUUAUAAGAGUCUUCUUUUGAUUGUGGAGCCACUUCUUUGUUCUUAUUUCCAGAGUUCAAAUUGAGCAAUUCUGUCUUCUCUGUGAUUGCUGUUUGACUAUCAUCUACUUAUCAACCAAUAAAAGAAUCACCCUACAAUAUAGUCUACAAUCUGAAAAAUUCUACCUGAACAGGUAGAAUUAACAGAGGAGCCUUCCUAUAUAAUCCUAUCUAUACAAAGAGAAAAGGGAUGAAAACUAGAUGGAAUCUUUACAAUUCCAUCUGGUUUAUUAGUUUAACAGAUAAUUUGCUGAUUUGCUGAAUAAACAAAGGACAUCCUGAAGUACUCUUUCUGAAUGUGUGGAGCUACAACCUGUCUCCUCAAAAAGACUAGUUUUUAAUCAUUCCCCGCUUUCUACAGUAUUGGGAGGAAGGCUCAAAGAAGUAAAAGAUAACAAGAACAACACAACCAAUAAGAAAAAGUAAAUACUGAAAUAUAAAUCCAAAAGAUUCUCAAACCACCCUCCCUGCAAUGAAUGCAUAUUUGAAACAGGCAACCAACGGCAGAAUUAAGUGAUUGUAACCCCAAAGGUUUAGAAGACUUUUAGAAGAUUAAAUCUUGUUUCUACAAGAUCAGAACUGAAUUAAAUGGCUGAUAAACAGAUUAGUUUACCUGCCAAGUUGAUCAAUGGAGGCAUAGCUGGGCUCAUUGGGGUCACCUGUGUGUUUCCUAUUGACUUGGCAAAAACACGUUUACAGAACCAGCAGAAUGGCCAGAAGAUGUACACCAGUAUGUCUGACUGCCUUAUUAAAACAAUCCGGUCUGAAGGAUAUUUUGGGAUGUACAGAGGAGCUGCAGUGAAUCUAACACUUGUGACUCCGGAAAAAGCCAUCAAGUUAGCUGCCAAUGAUUUCUUUAGGUAUCAUCUUGCCAAAGAUGGGAGCAAGUUGACGCUGCCAAAAGAGAUGCUGGCUGGUUGUGGGGCGGGGACCUGCCAGGUGAUUGUCACCACUCCCAUGGAGAUGCUCAAAAUCCAGCUGCAAGAUGCAGGCCGAAUUGCUGCUCAGAAGAAGUCCAUGAUAGGACAAGCUCAGCUCAGCCCAUCCGCUGGCACUGGAGCUGCAGAGUCAGUGGUAGAAACACGAAUGACAGCGAUCCAGAUCACAAGAGACUUGCUUCGGAGCAAAGGCAUUGCAGGACUGUAUAAAGGACUUGGAGCCACGUUGGUUAGGGAUGUCCCAUUUUCCAUUGUUUAUUUUCCACUGUUUGCCAACCUGAACAAACUGGGGCAGAAGAGCCCUGAAGUCAAGGCUCCAUUCUAUGUCUCCUUCCUGUCUGGAUGUGCGGCAGGCAGCACAGCAGCUGUAGCUGUCAAUCCUUGUGAUGUAAUCAAGACAAGACUUCAGUCCUUGCAGAGAGGAGUCAAUGAGGACACAUAUUCAGGGAUAAUAGACUGUACCAGGAAAAUCUGGCGUAAUGAGGGUCCCUUGGCCUUUUUUAAAGGGGCAUAUUGCAGAGCCUUGGUCAUUGCCCCACUCUUUGGUAUUGCACAAGUUGUCUAUUUCAUCGGCAUUGCUGAAUUCAUCCUUGACAUGUUUCCACGGCAUCGGGAUUAACCUCCCAUACUGCUUCUCAUCCAGUUGGAAUUCAUCAUAGUAUUUUUAUCAUUGUGAUGUCAGAGCAAUGGCACAAGGGUUCCAAGCAGUAAUAGUGGGAGUGAAUGUUGUCUCCAAAGUUAUUUUUCCUCAUAUCAACAUAGCCCUGAGGAGGGAUACCUAAAUAGUCAUAUCUGUUUUUUAAUUAUCAUUUUUUAAAGACACUGCUUAACACAGACUGUCUGACUGGCCUGCUGUUCCUCUUGUCUAGUGGAAGAUGAGCCCCCUCUCCCCUUUUCUGGAACUGCUAACAACUCUAGAAGGAGCAAAAAAACAGGACAUGUUUCCAUGCCUCUAUUCUUGGGGUUAAGUCUCUGGGGAAAAGAAUCGGUUAGUACUCAAUAAAAGGGAGGUCAUUUUGACCCAGGUAA